AUGGCCAAAUUCGACACGAUCAUCAAGAACGGCGUGGUGGUCACGGCAGGAGAUAUCUCGCAAGUCUUGAGUCUCAGUGUGCUCAGCCCCAUGGCUAACAUGGAUUGUAGGCAAUACUGGAUAGGCAUCAAAGAUGGAAAGAUCAAGUCCCUCUCCGAGACAUUUGAUGAGGAAGAGAUGGCAGGAGCCGAGGUGAUCGAUGCGGAAGGCGCGUAUGUGAUGCCAGGUGGUGUGGACUGUCAUGUACACCUAUGCCAAGACCUCAAGACAGGCGGACAAUGCGCGGACGACUUCAACACAGGAUCCCUCGCUGCUCUCUGCGGCGGUACCACAACCAUCGUCACAUUCGCCACUCAAACCCGCUCCGACGACGACAAGUCUCUCCUCGGUGUCGUCGAAAAGUACAACGCCCGAGCGGAAGCUACGGGAAGUUAUAUCGACUAUGGCUUUCACGUGAUUAUCGUGAGAGAUGAUCCGGAGGUGUUGGAGGAUGAGAUGCCGAGGUUAGUGGAGGAGUGGGGUGUGACGAGCUGCAAGUUGUUCAUGACAUAUGAGAGCCAGAGGCUGAAGGAUAGGGAGCUUUUGGAUGUUAUGGUGGCUGCGAGGAAGAACAAGGUUACCACAAUGAUCCAUGCAGAGAACGGAGAUAUGAUUGAAUGGCUCACAGACAAGCUGGAGACCAAGGGCAUGCUCGCGCCGUACUACCACGCCCUCUCCCGCCCGCCUCUGGUCGAAGGCGAAGCGACGAACCGCGCUAUUGCCAUGUCUGAGUUGGUCCAGAACCCGAUCUUGUUUGUACACAUCGGCUCCACGCUGGGCAUGAACAACGUACGCAAGGCUCAAACUAUGGGGUUGCCAAUCUACGCCGAGACGUGCCCGCAGUACUUUAAUCUGACUUGGGAUGACUUGAAACGUUUCCAUUCUCCCACUUGUUUCGAGAACAGCAAGAUGAUCUGCUCGCCUCCCCCUCCACCAGACGACUCGGACCGCGAACUUCUCUUCCAAGGCCUACACAACGGCACGUUCACAAUCUUCUCCUCCGACCACUGUCCAUUCCGAUACGACUCUCCCCACGGAAAACCUUCAGGCAUCCUCGAUCACUCUGCCUCCAUGGCCGUCGAGUUUAUACCUAAUGGGAUACCGGGGGUGGAGACGAGGUUGCCGUUGUUGUUUACUGGGGGGCUGUUGGAGGGGAGAAUCAGUCCGCAGAAGUUUGUGGAGCUUACUGCUACCAAUCCUGCCAAGCUUUAUGGGAUGUAUCCUCAGAAAGGGACUCUACAGCCUGGAUCUGAUGCGGAUAUCACGAUUUGGCAUCCUCAAGAACGGUUCUCGCCCUUCCAGCUACGCAACGAAAUGCUUCAUCACAACGUCGACUAUACGCCCUACGAAGGCCAGACAUUCAACAACUGGCCUCGCUACGUCCUCGUUCGCGGCCAACUAUCCUACGCUGAGGGUGCUGUGAAAGGCAAACUGAGGGACGGGCGAUAUCUUAAGAGGGGGCCUAGUCAGUUGAGCACGGGUCUUCCCGGGAAGAAGGAUCCGAGGCGGGUGGCAGGGUGGCUGUAUGACUAG